UCACUAGUGUCACUAGAGCCAUGAUCAGACUGCCUGCUUCACGUCUUCACGCUGGCAUCCCAGGAGUUCCUUUAACUGGGCCAAUAACUUCCAGCCAAAUUCCUGUAAUGUGCAAGUGAUUGUGUGUACAGUUCCCACAGACAGAGGCGACAAGUUAUCCAUUGAUUUUUCCAGAAUCGGGUUUUCCACUCGGAGGGCUCCGAACCACCUCGGCCAGGAUUUAUGGACGUACGGCCUUCUUUCAAAUGUUUCUACCAUUCAGAUGUUUUACUGCGAUGAAAAUCACAUCACCAUACUGUGUUUGAUGUUUUCUGUAAAUUUCAAUCAGUCUUACAGCUUCAUUCACAAGAAAGUCCCAGUUUGACUUGAAUGACCCUCAUCGCAUAAUCCACCAAGCAGGAAAUUGAAUCACUAAGCAGAUCAUGAAUAUUGAAAUAUGUGUUGCUUGUAAAGCUGCUCCCUGAUGAGCAAACUGGGAGCAACAGUGGAAGGAAAAACUCCCUGAUCUCAGAUAUCAGAAAUUCAGCAGCCAUGUCCAUCAAGAUUUCUAGCUAACUAUUAGACAACUGUGUUGCACAAAAAUGCUGUAUGUUCUGAAAUGGAACAGACCUGUAGAACAGGUUAGGACAUACGUAUUUAGCUUCAACGUCAAUUAGUAAUACACCACAGAGAGGAAAGGCUGUUUGAGGCUUAAACCCGGAUGUUGUGGGAUUGUGAAAUUAUUUGCUGAGUUUAACCUGAGCAGGCGCAGAUUUUCUCAGAAUUGUAUUCAUUAUGUUUAGAAGCAGGUGAGGAUGUUGAAGGAGAAUAUGGUUCCAAGGCCUCGGGGUCGUUUGCCUGUGGUGUGUGCGGUGCUGUUGUUCAGUCUGCUGUUUGUGCCAAUCUGGCUGCAUGACGCUGUGCUAACACGAGAGACAUCGGGACUCGUCUUAUUCACUCUGAUCCUGGGGGAGACACUGCAUAGCCUCUGCCUGUUUCCAGAAGAGUGGCUGUUUCAUUCAAGACAAAGGUAUGGAGGCAGAUUCCAGAAGAUGCUCAGUGCCUGUUUCAGCAGAUCUACUGUUGCAGGAACGUGUGUAGUCAUUUCACUUCUGCUGGUGGGAGGAUUUAAAUGGACACAUGACAAGUUUGUCUCAUGUGCCUUAACCUGCGCUUUCUACCUCCUGCUGAAGGCCUUUGGAGUUCUGGGCCCUACACCAGUGGAGAUCUUGGAGGUGUGUGAGAGCAGGAAGCUGAAUGUAGCUCACGGCUUAGCCUGGUCCUAUUACCUAGGUUAUUUGAAAUUUGUGAUCCCAGAGCUGGAAAACCAGAUAAAAAAACACAAAACGCUGACUGGGCAGGAUCUUCACUCUGCCCGGCUGCACAUCCUCCUGCCUCUGAGCGCAGCUGCCCCGGCAAAGAUAGAGGAAGAAGACCAAAACAUACAUUUCCACACAAACCUCCCAGAGCUGAAGGUCGACCGGGCCGGUGUCAGGGGCAGAGUCUUCAAGCACAGCAUCUACAAAAUCCGAGACGAUAAACAAGAGGAGUAUUACUGUGUGGUGGAGUACGCCACUCCUCUGCUCACCCUCUAUCACAUGUCUCAGGACAGCACUGCAGGUUUCAGCGAGCAGGACAGGAGACAGCAGGUUCUGCUCUUCUACAGGACUCUCAGUCACAUCCUGGAAUCUUCUCUAGAGUGUCGCAACCGUUACCGCCUUAUCCUGCUCGACAACCAGCAAGUUGACAUCCACCCUCACUAUGUGUCCACUGACAUCAUCAAGCACUUGCAGCAGGAGAAGCGUGAGAUCCCCAUGGACCUCCCGCAGGACCUGCCCGAGCCCGUACCAGAACAGGGAGGGUUUACGCCUCAGGUUCACUACCGCCAGCAGGAGGAGCCACUCAGCUCUCUGCCCAGCCUGAUGAUCAGUGCACCACAGUCUCUGAGAUCAGAACCUGAGGAGAAUACAGACUACACCAACAACCAUCAAAACAGACGCAGAUAAGCUGAUACUCCAUCACUACCUCCUGUACAUAAUGUGUGUUCAUGGUGUGUUUAGAGACAUGUAAAUGAGUAGUAGGAAAUUUCUACUAGUGACAAACAAACAUAUAAAAACAUAAUAAAAAUGUAUCUUGUUGAUAAUGGUUAUCAGAAAACAUUUUUUUUUACUUUGUGAUGAUAGUUGUGAUGAUAUUUAUGCAUUCAAAGGCUAUAAGAAAAUUCUUUUCUUAAGUGCUUAGUCUGUCAAAACACAAUUCCUAAAAUUUUGUUACAAAAUAAUAAUGGUACAUUUUGUUAUCAAAUAUUUCUGUUAAAAUUUCGAUGUCAAAAGAAAUUGUUUCCAAAAAGACACUUGUUCUAAAACGUAUUUUGGUUCUAUAUCUCUAUUACAUCAUGUUGUAUGUAUUAGGCACAUACUGUAUAGUAAGUGAAUUGUGAAACAAUUCGAGAUUAAAGCCCACUGUGAAUAUUGUUUCUUCUUUGUGAAUAUGAAUAAUAAAAACCACUUUUUUUU